UCAACUGUCUCCGCUGGCCAAGCCCAAAGGCGACGCCACGGCGGCGAGGACCCCCUCCCCACCCACCUCCCACGCGCCCCGGGGCUCAAUCGGACUGGAUCGACGCGGUUACCGCUCGAUCUACUCCUUCAAGUCGAGUUCCGAACUUCGUCGGAGCCGGCUGCAUUUCGGACUCCGGAGGGAGACGAAUACGGUGGCCUCUCGGAGCGGCGCCUAGUCCCUAGCGACUAUAUAUUUACUGGCCCGGCAGGGGAGCGCCCGUCCCCGAGGCGAGGCGAUCCACUCGAUCUCGCCAGAUCUAGGUCUUCUUGCCCGGGGAAAGGUCUCACCUUUUUGUGCCGGCCGCCGGCGGAGUGUGGCGGCGCACAGGGGAAAGGUAUUCUCCCUGUUCCGGCCGCCGGGGGAGUGUGGACGGAGGGGCGGCGCACGGGGGAAGAGGAUGGGGGCGCCGGUAUUGGGAGGCAAGCGCAGGGCAUACGGCGACGCCGACGCGUUCCCUAGUAAGCGCCGGGCGACGGCGGAGGCGGAGGCACCGGAUUGGACGUCGCUCCACCCCGACAUCACCAGCCUCAUCGCCGAGCGGCUGCUGGCGGAGGACAUGACGGAGUACAUGCGGUUCCGCUUCGUGUGCUCGCACUGGCGCGCGUCGACGGUCAGCCCGCGGGACGCCACGCUGGCCGCCCGCCGCUUCCACCCGCGUGGCUGGGUCGCCCUCUGCGACGGCAACGGCGUCCGCCCGGUCGAAGACGCCGCGAUCACCUUCUUCCACACGGCCACCAGCAGGGUUUCCAGGCUCUCCCUGCCGGGGCUCCGGCGGCACCGGAUCGUCGGCUUCACUGACGGCCUCCUAAUCGUGCUUGACACGCGCGCCGCAGUCAUCCGUGUUGUCCACCCCUUCACCCGCGUCGUCGUCGAGCUGCCCCACCUGGCCACCUUCAUCCACUGUGUGCUCAGCAAGCAGGAAUCGUUCACCAUGGACUCGUUCGUCUGGAUGAACGCCACGGUGUGUGUCGCCGGCCCCAGCUCCAUUGCCGUCGUGAUCUGGUUCCCCAACAUGCCCUUGGUGAUCUGCGCUCAGCCCGGUGACAAGGGCUGGAAGAUCAUCCACACCAAUAUCCAAUUCUCCAACACUUUGCCGUUCAACGGCGGGCUAUACGGUGUGACGCGAGCUGGGAGGCAGCUGGUGCAGGUGUAUCCAGUUCAUCAUGAUCCGCAUGCCAAUCUGGUGGUGGCCGAGGUGCCAAAAGAGCUUGGUUAUGCUGAGAGCUACCUCUACUACCUUGUGGAGUCCAUGGGAGCCAUGCUUGUCGCCGUCGGGAGCUCGUGCGGGUGACCAGCCUCGGCGACCGGGCGCUGUUCAUCAGCCGCGACCGGUGCUUGUCCGUCUCAUCCAGGGAUCUUCCUUCGAUUAGCGCCAACUGUGUCUACUUUGCCAAGCCCAGUGAGGACCCUGUUAAGGUGUACUCACUUGAUAAUGGCUUGUUCGAGAGCACGGUGACACGGAGCCAGUCACAAGACAUCAGGAAUGGGGUGCUUCCAACCUCAGUGCGGCCUUUUACCCUCAUCGAUCAUCUGGCCACCUACUGCCGUCACCGCGAGUGGACGAGAGGGCUCAUGUUUCACGAGUACUGCUACCUGCGCCCUACUUGGAGUGAGCUGUGGAAGAGGAUAGCUGCACAGGAUUCUGAAGUUGUCAUUCCGAGGCUGAGAGCAACAGAGACCGAGCUGAAGAAACUAGAACUACCUAACCUUCUCAGCUCUGCUAGAACACUCAAGCAGUGAGAGCUGUGCUUACAGUGUAGUGAGUCCUUCACAAUGGUGUGUUAUGCCAUUUUGGUUGGUGCAGCUUGAGUUAGUGGUGUCGUCCCUUACUGAAAUAACAUGGAACAUGCCUUGCAGAAAUAACAAGGGUUGUCUGCUAAACCCACAAUGUGCUGAAAGGUGUUGCGCCUUGUUGAAAUAACAAGGGGUGUGCAUGUGGUAUUUAUCUCCUGAUUGGUCCCAGGUACAACACUGUUUCAUUGGUAAAAAAAAUCUUUGUAAAGGAGGAUAACCCCUGGAGUUGUAUUAAAUGUCAUAUCCAUGUCUUUUUGAUA